GGACUGUAGCAGUUGCCGUCCUCACUUCACCAUGAGCAAGCACAACUGCUCGGAGCUCCAGGUCCUGCGCAGUUCGGGUCAGCUGCUCCUGCAGCCCCUUUGGGAUCGUCUGAGGACCUCGGAGGCACUCAUCCAAUCGCCCUUCUUCCCGGUCCUCUUCGCGAUCGUCACCUACCUGGGCUUUUGCCUGCCUUUUGUGGUCUUGGACUUCUUGUGUCCCUGGGUGCCCGCGCUGCGACGCUACAAGAUCCACCCGGACUUUUCGCCGUCUGCACGGCAGCAGCUGCUGCCCUGCCUGUGGCAGACCCUGUACCAGCACCUGGUGUUUGUGUUCCCGAUGACGCUGCUCUACUGGGUCCGCGGCCCCGCUCUGCUGCCGCCCGAAGCCCCGGAGCUGCUGCAGUUCCUGCGCGACGUCCUGCUCUGCUUGCUGCUGUUCGACGCCGAGUUCUUUGCGUGGCAUGUGCUGCACCACAGGGUGCCCUGGCUGUACCGCACCUUCCACAAGGUGCACCACCAGAACGCGUCCCCGUUCGCGCUGGCCACGCAGUACAUGAGCCUCUGGGAGCUGUUUUCCCUGGGCUUCUUUGACUUGAUGAACAUCACGCUGCUCAGGUGCCACCCGCUCACUGUUCUUGCUUUCCACGUGCUCAACCUCUGGCUGUCGGUGGAGGACCACUCCGGCUACGACUUCCCGUGGUCCACGCACAGACUGGUGCCUUUCGGGUGGUAUGGGGGCGUGGCGCACCACGACCUGCAUCACUCUCAGUUUACCUGCAACUUCGCCCCUUACUUCACACACUGGGACAGAAUACUGGGCACCCUGCGGCCGGCACCCCUCCCGGCGUGGUGCUGUGACUCUGAUGGGUGCGCCUCGGACUCCGCGCUUCUGUGCGUGUCACACUUGAAUCAGUAGAAACACUUGAGACUUUUUCUUCCUUUUAGUACUGGUAAUUUAUUAACGGAUGAAAACUGAUAGAUAAAAUCUGCUGUAUUGUCGCAACCAAAGUAAUUUAUACUGUGUCUGUAUGUCAACACGAUUGUAUUCUUUGUGUCAAAUUCUAGCUCAUUUCAAUAGUCUUGAGUCCUGGAUGUAAAUUAGACAUCCAGCAAAGGCAUAUUUAAGUCAUC